AUGUUCCCGCCCAUCGAAGCUUCCGUUCUCGAAAACAACCCCGAGUUCGCAAAACUAUACGCGACCCUCACCACCUCUAUACUUAAUCCCGACGGCACCACAAAGGCUGACCCUCGGCAAAGAGCCGGGCGGCAGUCCAAGAGCGGACCUCCUCCUCCCCUCCUCCGCACCUACACCAAGACCCUCAUCGCCCUCAUCCACGCCCUCGAGUCCAAGCACUCCUCUCCCUCCCGCUCCCUCCAGCUCCGCGCCGCCCACCUCUCCCUCGCCUCCCGGUCCGCCGAUCUCACCGCCCAGCUCAACCUCUUGCUCCUCCACUCCAACACUGUGUACCCGCCCGAGCUCGCCGAGUACGGUAUCGGCGUCGAGGGCGACGAGGCCGAGGCCAAGGAGAGGACUUUGAGAGAGAUGGCAAGGGUGUACAAGAGUAUGAAGGAGGAGGCCAAGGACGUCAAGGGUGAUUUGGAGAGGUUAAGGGGCCGGUGA